AUGUCGCUUUGGAGGGAGACCUGUCAACACCUGCGUCGCGCGGUAGUCACCGGGGACCGCAUAUGUUUGUCACAGUCGAAGCGAUAUCUCAACACCUCAACCCCAUUGCAGGCAUCUCGGAUCGCACAAUCGAGCAGAUUCCAGUUGAAUGGAAGGGGAAACAUCCAGGCUUGGACACAGCAACGGUUAUGGCAAGGAAUGAAGCCGUCGCAGCGGUCCUUCUCCGUUACGGCCGGAGUCCAGCACGGUCACAUCACACCCCCAAAGCCUGGUGAGGAAAUCAAUGUGACUUUUGUGGAUAAGGAUGGUGAAAAAUACGACUUUCAAGUAGCCGAGGGCGACAACUUGCUAGAUAUCGCCCAAGCCAACGACCUCGAGAUGGAAGGUGCCUGUGGUGGUUCUUGCGCCUGUUCAACCUGCCAUGUCAUUGUCGAAGACCCGGACAUGUUCGACAAGAUGGAGGAACCUUCGGACGACGAGAACGACAUGCUGGACCUGGCCUUUGGCCUCACAGAAACAUCGCGCCUGGGCUGUCAAGUUAUAAUGAACAAGGAUCUCGAUGGAAUGGUGGUGAAGUUGCCGUCGUCGACAAGGAAUUUGCAGGCCAGCGACUUUGAGUAG